AGCGGGCUUGUUUGAAAACAGAACGCUUCUCUGUAGCUAAUGACAACGGGAUAAACCACUACUAAUGAACCUUGCAUUGCGUUAGUUGUUAUUAAACUUUACUCAUGUACGAGAAAGGAAAACGUCUAUAGUAACCACAUGUUGUAUCAUGACAUGGCGGUUUUCAAAACAUUGACUAAAAUAGAUUGCUGUCAACAACUUAAAGUGUUUAAAUGCGUAAUAAAUUGGUAGCUACACGCUAACCUUAGUAAGCUGCGAUUUGUAUGGUUGUUUUCCUGGUUGCUUAAUGACUAGCAGGCUGUCUUGAUAGCUGCAAUGGAUCCCAACAGCAUCGAGCUUUUGGAGGCGCAGGUGAAGACUCUAUCGGACGAGUUAAUGCAGUGCCAGGCCGACAAGGAGUUUGUGUGGUCGUUAUGGAAACGCCUGCAAGUGGCCAAUCCGGACCUGACCCAGGCAGUCAGUUUGGUCGUGGAGCGCGAGAAGCAAAAGGGUGAGAUGAAGGACAGAAAGGUACUAGAGAUUCUGCAGACCAAAGACUACAAGAUUCAGGAAUUGGAACAGAGAGUAACAGUGCAGCAACAGGAGGUGAACCUGGUGCAGCAGAGGAAGAUGUUGAUGGACGAAGAGAGAGCUGCAUUAAACAAGGAGAUCUCCUCCCUGCAGGAGCGGCUGGCCAGCAACAGUCAGGAUAUAAAGGAAAUGAGGGCGCAGCAUGCCAGCAGCGAGGAGGAGGCGCGGGGAGCCAUGCGGGCUCUGGAGGAGCAGAAGGAGGAGUGGGCCUCACGCUGCGCCGGCCUGCACGCUGACCUGGAGGAGGAGAGGAGACGGGCCUCCCACGGCGACGACCAGAGGGAAGCCACCCGGGCCAGGAUCAAGGAGCUGGAGGCGGAGCUGCCUCAGUUCUCCAGUCUGCAGAGCGAGAACUCCAGCCUGGCUGCCCUGCUCUCUGCGAAGGACAAGGAGAUGGAAGCCCAAGAGGGACAUCUCAGCCAACUCCGCGGUGAGCUGGUGGAGGUGCAGGCCCUGUACAGACAGAGCAUGGAGCAUGGGUCUGAGCAGGGUCACCUGAUCAAGCAGCUGGAGGCGCUGAACCUGGACAGCCAGAGGGUGCUGCGUAACCAAGAGGAGGCCCACAGCGUGGACGCCACCUCCUACCAGAGGCUCUACACAGAGCUAAGCCAGAGCUACCAGGCCCUGGUGGCCGGUGAAGCCCAGCUCCGCCAGAACCACCUGGAGCUAAGCGGCCUGCUGGCCCAGAGAGACCAGCAGAUCCUGGAGCUCCAGAGCCAGCUACAGCAGCAGGACCUGCUGGCCCACAGAGACCAGCAGAUCCUGGAGUUCCAGAGCCAGCUACAGCAGCAGCAGCAGCAAGAGAAGCGUCUACUGCAGACCCAGCAGCAGCAGCAAGCACACCAGACCACCACCACCGCAGGUCAACAGCCCAACAAGCAAACUAAUGUGAAGGAGCUGUGUCAGCCGAGCGCAGACACACCUGUCAGCUCCGGUUUCAACCAGGCCUCGAACUUCUCCAGUCCAGGGCUAGGGACCAGCACGCCUCUUGACGGAGGAGCUUGGACGGAGAGGACGUGGAAAGCCAGUUCUUCCAGAGGCCGCUCUACCAGCAUCAGACAGCAGGAUGCACCUGUGCAACGGUCCAGGUCCCUCUCCCCGGCGAGCUGUGUGGAGGCGGGAGGAGGAGGAGGAGGAGGAGGAGGAGGAGGAGGAGGAGGAGGAGCAGAGCAGAGGAUGCAGGACCUUGAAGAGCUCCUUCAACUCAAGACAAAGGAGAUGGAAGUGCUCAGGAGUGCGCACCAGAACCGCCUGGAGCGCCUGCACCUGAUCCAGGCCAACUACAGGACCAUCAGGGACCAGCUGAGGGACGCAGAGGAGGCAGACGGACUGCCUAAACCUAAAGGACCGAGUCGGAGAGCCGAGCCCUGGCAGCUGAGACAGGAGGACAGCGACGGCGUGUGGAACGAGCUGGCCUACUUCAAGCGCCUGGCCAGGAAGCUCAACGUGGAGAAGGCCAACCUGGAGGAGGAGAUGGACGUGCUGAAGGUCCAGGCGGCCCUGGACCGGACCACCGUGAAGGAGCAGCAUCUGUGUCUCCUGAACGAGCACCAAGAGCUGCUGUGCAGAGUGGAGGAGGAGCGGAGGGUCAGACAGAGCGCCCCCAAACCGCAGCCCGCCGCCGCCAGCCAGCGCGUGGAGGAGUCCUUAAGAAAGAUGGAGCAACUGGAGCGGAGGAUGAUCUCCCUGGAGGAGGAGACGGAGAAGCUCAGGCUGGAGAACGAGCACUUACUGGAGGCCAGAGCGGAGCUGACCAACGAGCGCCGCCACCUCCGGGCCUCUUUGGAGAACCUGCACUGCCAGGCGGAUGCCCGCGAGAGGGCGGCCAGGGCCCAGGCACUGGCGCAGCGGGAGCGGCACUCGGGCGAGACCCAGGCUCUGGAGGCCCGGCUGGGGGCGGCGGAGAAGGGAGUGGCCCAGCUCCGGGGGCGGGCGCUGAAGCUGAGGCAGGAGCUGGGCAUCCUCCGAGCGGCCCGCGACUUCUACAGGAGGAGCGCUGCAGCGGGAGGAGGGGGAGGAGGGGGAGCCGUCGGCGCGGACAGCAGCAAGGUCAAAUUCAAAACAGCCCGGCUCGCCGGUCCAGCGCGCCGUAGUGGCCGCCGAGCGGUCGGCCCCAAUCAAGCCAUCAGCUGGCACGGACGGAGCCCGAGCCCCGCGAAGGACGAAUGGGAGGACGUGAGCACGGACAGUGAGGGGGACGAGGUGGAGUUCUCAGACAGCCUGGAGGGCAAUCGCAGUAAGACCAGGAGAGCCUCACGCACCACCCCUGAGAUGCCGUACAGGUGCACGGCGGGCUCGAAUGUGGCGUCGGAGAGGGCGGAGGACGAGCCGGGCAGAAGGCACGCCAGUGGUCCCAGUCCAGACGAGCGAAAGUGGCGUGCGCCCGGGGACCAGGCGGAGACGAGCGGGGAAGCAAGGAUGAGGGGCGCCGAGAUGAUGACGACGGUGGCCAUGAUGAAGAGGAGGAGGAAGAUGGCGACGGCGGGCUCCACCUCCACCGCCCUCAUCUCGCUGCAGCACCGCGUGGAGUCUCUGCAGCGGCGUGUCGACAUCCUGCGCCGCGCCCGCCGGGACGCCACGCGCAUCGCCCGGGAGACCGGGCGGGCCAAUCGGAACAUGGCGGCCCAGCUUGACGCCCUUACUGACAGGCUGGGAGGCAACAAGCAGCUCACCCAGGGAAUGGAAGGAAAAAACAGAGAGAGAGUGUCAGACUCAAUAUUCCUCCAUAAUGGACCGGGCCUCUCUGGCACGUUUUUAGAUCAAUUGAAUUUAUUCCUCCGCCAGCCGCAGCUAUCUUCCAUUUGUUCUGCUGGACGUUUUCUCUUUCUUUUUCAUCCAUUUUAUCCCUCUCUCCUCUUUUCGCCUCUUCCUCUUCCUCUUCCUCCUCCUCCUCCUCCCUCCCUGCAGGCGCUGGCCGGCGAGAUGCUCCGAGAUGUUCAGGAGGUCAAGCAGCAGCUGACGGAGACGAGGAGCAGGAGGAAGAGGAGCCGGAGGAGGCGCGAGGAGGCCAACGCGGCGAGGGGCGCCCCCGCGGCCAAGUCCAUGAUCAGAGCCAAGUCCAUCGCCGCCUCCAUCCUCAACAUGUCCGAGCGCGACCUGGCUGACAUGUUGGACGGUGACCAGGACGAGACUGAGCCCUGUGUGGAAAUACCAGACGAGGAUUGGCUACAACACCUGCACCACAUCCUCCAGCAGAAGAUCCCCUCUGCUGGCCAGCUAAUGGAGGCAGUGCGUGUGAAGAUGAAGGAGAGGAAAGUGCUGACAGAAGAGCUCGCCGCGCUCGCUACACCAGUCAGCGAAAACGCCUGACUCCCCGGGCUGAGGCGGGAGGAAACUGUCAUCCUCUCCCUCUCUAUCUCUCUCCCUCUCUCUCUAGCUCUAGCUCUCUCUAUCUCUCCCUCUCUCUCUCUCUCUCCUGCUUUAGCGCUCUCUAUCUCCCUCUUGCUUUAUCCCUAUCUAUCUCUCUUGUGCCCGCUUGCAUUCUCCCUCCCCGCUCUCUCUCUCUCUCUCUCUCUCUCUCUCUCUCUCUCUCUCUCUCUCUCUCUCUCUCUCUCUUUCUCUCUCUCUUUCUCCCUCUCUCUCUUUCUCCCUCUCGCUCUCUCUCAAUCCCUCUCUCUGUUCUUCUCCAGACUUCUCGACGGGGGGGCCGUCGGGUCCGUGGCCAGGCGUUAGCUUAGCCUUGCGGCGGUGGCAGAGCUAAUAUUUGUUGCAAGCUGAGCGCCGCCGGCUAGCUCGCCGGGCCGCUCACUCACCUCGCGGCCGGCGCCACAUUGGCACACUAGCCCUCGACAUCUGUGUUAGCGCCUGGCGCACUCUAUCUGUCAGACAAGUGGGGGGGCCCUUUAGCGCCAAGCUAAUUUACACCGCCCAGCCAUACACUCUCUCCCCCUCUCGAUCGCACAAACUCUGUGUCUCUCUCUCUCGCGUGCUACGUCGCCCUGAGGGUGAUAGGGCAAGUGCUUACGCCGAUGCUUAAGUUGGACGUCUCCUUCUUCUCCUGUUUCUCCCCCGUUCUCUCCACCCUGUCUUUUUGCACUUUUUCUCCUCCUAAUUUGGUGAGCAUAUGAAGGGCUUUAGGGUGUGGGGACUUGAUCCCAGGGAUGCAGAGUCAACACUUUAUCAAGGCGUGAUGACUGUACAGUCUGGUGCGUAUGUUCCCUGUAGUGGAGGACCUUAUUUCAUCAGUCCAUAUCCUCCAGAGGUGUGAAUCUCGCUGCUCACUUCUCGAAGAAAAACAAUUCCUUUAAAAAAGAUUUUUAUGCAUUAUUUUUGUUAUUGUAGAUGUUUUUUUAUGCGUCUGUUCACUGACAAAAUACCACUUAAUUAUGAAACCCCGGCCGUGUGUUUGUUGUUGCCUCAUUUUUAAAUAAAGAUAUUUUACAUUUGUAUAACCAGUGUGUGUUUAUAACCUGAAGCCGGCCAGGUUACCCGCUCCCGGCUUGAUUGACAGCUGCAUUUCAUCAGGAGUUCCCAUCGGUAAUGAGCGACCCCGACUGUUGGCAUAGCUAGCAAGAAACACACACACACACACACACACACACACACACACACACACACACACACACACACACACACACAGACACACACACACACACACACACACACACACACACACACACACACACACACACACACACACA